GGUCCCUGCCCGCGUUUGAUGGGAAAAGGUCAAGGAGUUGAGCCUCGAUCCUUGGCUGAAAAUCGAAACAUCGUCAUUUUGUGCUAAGCCCCGUUAAAGUACUGUACUAGUAUGGCGUCCAAUAAUCUUUAUUAAUCUCCACUUACAAAACCUGACACGAAAAUUCGCGAUGCACGUGCCUUGACGUGCCUAAACGCGGUGCCACUGCAUACCUGCCAGACAUGACACCAUGACAUACCAUGCUUCUUGGUGGUUGAAGGAAUCCUGAGGAUGGCCAUGCCAACCAAUUUUUAGGUUGGUAUUGUUGCCACGGGUUUAAUUUUCGGCCCAAAUUUUCAACAUGGCGAAGAACGGCAACCUACUGAGUUUCUUUAAGCGUGUGCCGAAGCAUUCUCAAAGCUCACAAGGCUCGCAUGACCUGGGCUUGCAGGACCCGAGCUCUCAGGCCUCGGUUUCCAUCCCUGCUCAACCAUCGUCGACUCCUCCCCUGCCCUCCUCUCCUCUUCCGGAACAAGAUGAAAAAAGCCCACGACGCAUAGAUGCGGUCAUCAAGGGUUCGGAUGACGAGGACGAUGACUCCCUCUCUUCCGAUGAUGAUCUCCCCAACCUAUUUGCGAAGCCGCGGACCAAUGCAGUCCCAGUCCGAGCAAAUAGGGAGUCCAACCCAUGUGUUACCCCCAAGGCAAAGAGGACCGCAAUAUCUUUCCACUCUUCGCCUUUGGCCUUCAUGCCGAAGCACAAGUUUGAUAUGAAGGCGCUCCUGAACCAUGCCAAGACUCAUGACGCCGCUGAAGCCAGCGCGCAACGCAUGUCUAACAUCCUCUCCGACCGAGAUGCUGCUGCCGAGUCCGCACCGGCUGCUAAGCCGGCCGCGACUCUAUACGAGACCAUGAUGGACGUUUUAUCGGAUGCGGAAGGCGAAGAUAAUGAGGCCGAACGAGACAAGCUACUUCGGGCCGUGAAGCGGACCGAGGCGUCGGUGGAUCGAAAGCACUGGCGGUUCUUUGACCAGGAGCUCAGCGACAGCUGCGUACCUGCCCGCGCCCCCUUCCCAAAAGAUGCUGCCAGAGGUGGGUGGAGGUUUUUGGCGGACCCCAAGACUAGGCAGCACGUCUUCGGCGACGGCUUGACUUACACGAUACAAACAAGGAGGCGCGAUCUCCCGGACGAGAUUGUGCUAUGGGUCCUAGACGAGAUAUCCUACGAGAAAUCCGAGUCGCUCAGACAAGAAUACUGCCGCCUGCUUGGUGUCUGCACCCAGCAAGUCUAUAAAUUCUUCGACGGGGACCGACUCGAUCGUUUGUUCCGGGAACUCGGGGCGCGUGAAGAAGCCCUCGACUCGGCUGCCAAGAUAUCAGGCGUUAUUGAGCAAACGCCCCCUUAUUCAGAACGGAACUGGUCCAUGUUACAAUCCGUUCUCGUCCUCCUGAGUCGGACGUCUAACGCAAUGACCCUCACAUCGCUCACCCACGCAGUGUCAAUUCUCCUUCGGCUCGGUAUUGACACCGUAGUUACUGAAAACAUUGCUAUCCGGAAAGACUUCUCGGAAGCCACUGAGAAGCUGGUAUUGGCCGUCCCUAUAAAGUCUUGGGACAAAUUUUGCGGAGAAGUCUGCCUCUCGUUUUACUUUGCUGUAAACGAAGCCUCGUUAUGGUGGCAUGCCUUGGCUGUUCUGCCGGCAGGCAGGCCGAGGCUUGUGGAGCUUCGCCGGAGACUGGCACUUGUGUGCUUCUUCAAUGACCCUGGACGAGGCAGCCAACACCCCGACGACAACCUCGACAUCCCCGCCGUAAGCGACCGCCUCGAGGACGACGAGUUCGUCGUCGCCCGCAAGACAGACUACUACGAGCUGGCAGCGCGUGCCUCGAUCCUCGGCAUAGCCCUUGGCGAUGGCUGCGCACCUGCUCCCUCGGACGACCCGAGAGUUGUCGCGCAAUUUGACGAGGAGGUCGACAGGCUAUGCAAGAAGAUAAAGAGGGUCUGGUCCGCCAUCGAUACCGGCGGGGCCGCAUAUGUUUCCAGACUCGAGGCGAGGACGGCCUGGCAAACCCUCGAGCACCAGCUGCCACAUGUGGUGCGGACGCGCCCACCGCCCAAGACGGGAAUCCUCGACCUGCCCAAAGACAGGGAGGAUCCGUUCCAGCCCAGGCAACGAAAAUUCAUGACCAAGUUCUUCAAGAAGGACUUGCCUGUCGCACAGCCUGUAUAGGGGUCUUGAAUCAGACAUCACUCUGGCGAUAUCGAUCGCUUAUCCUCAGCCGCCAUGCUUCAAGCAUUGGGCGGUGUUCAGGGUGUUUGGAAGACUUCAUUACCGUGUGUGGCAACAUAUAACAUACAAAUUCUAAAAUGACGCACCCAAUUCAAGCGGGCGGUUAUCGCAAAUGCACCAGAAUCAAGGCACACUCCCAGCAGCCAGUCCAACCCAUGCUGAUGAUGAACAUA